UUACCAGAGUGUUGAGGAGAAAUAUAGCAGCUCCACUGUUUAGAGGAGGGUCGCCUCACUCAACGAGGACAAAAACACUGGAAUUUACCUCCCAAGUGAAAGCUUUACCCCACUGGCUGUUCUACGUUAGAGACAUGCGCAGUUAAUGACAUGCAGCAUGCUGGCCUGUUUGACUCCAACGGCUUGAAAACGACUUAAAAGGCCGCUGUGUCUGUCCAGGCUUGAACUCCCCGGGUCGGGGACGAAAUGGGGAACACAGCCACCAAGUUCCGCAAGGCUCUCAUCAACGGGGACGAGCUGCUGGCCUGCCAACUGUAUGAGAGCAACUUGCAGUUUAAGGAGGCGCUGGAUCCCAACGCUACGUAUGGAGAGUCCUACCAGCACAACACUCCGCUGCACUAUGCUGCUAGACACGCCAUGAUACGCCUCAUCAGGCCGUUUCUCCAAAACAAAGAUGGCAAUCCUAACAAGCGGAAUGUGCACAAUGAGACGUCUCUGCACCUCCUCUGCAUGGGGCCCCUGAUCUUGACCUCCGAGGGGGCGCUGCAGCCGAGGAUCUCACGGCCGUACGAAGAUGAACAGCGCAGAGCGGAAUGCCUCCAAAUUAUCCUUUCCUGGACGGGAGCAAAGUUGGAUCACGGACAGUAUGAAAGGGCUGAUGUCAAUGCCUCUGACAACAAGAAGAACACUUGCCUCCAUUAUGCUGCUGCCUCAGGCAUGAAGACUUGUGUUGAGUUGCUCGUGGAGAGUGAGGCAGACCUGUUUGCAGAGAAUGAAAACCGCGAGACUCCAUGUGACUUUGCAGAAAAGCAGCACCACAAGGAGUUGGCCCUUCGCCUGGAGUCGCAGAUGGUCUUCUCUCUCAGCCCCGAGGCAGAAGAUAUAGAAGCCGAGUACGCGGCCCUAGACCGACGAGAGCCGUAUGAAGGCUUGCGGCCUCAGGAUCUGCGGAGACUAAAGGACAUGCUGAUAGUGGAGACAGCUGACAUGUUGCAGGCCCCGCUCUUCACUGCCGAAGCUCUGCUCCGCGCUCAUGAUUGGGACAGAGAAAAGCUCCUAGAGGCGUGGAUGAACAACGCAGAGGAGUGCUGCCAGCGCUCAGGGGUCCAGAUGCCCAAUCCACCUCCGAGCGGCUACAACGCGUGGGACACUUUGCCCUCACCCCGGACUCCCCGCACAAACCGCUCCUCCAUCACCUCCCCGGACCAAAUAAGUCUCCUGCCUGCAGAUGACGAGUCUUCUCUGUGUGGGAUCUGCAUGUCUUCCAUCUCUGUCUUUGAGGAACCCGUCGACAUGUCCUGUGGCCAUGAGUUUUGCCGAGCAUGCUGGGAAGGGUUUCUAAACUUAAAAAUUCAAGAAGGAGAAGCCCACAACAUUUUUUGCCCCGCCUACGACUGUUACCAGCUCGUGCCAGUAGAAGUCAUCGAGAGUGUGGUAUCCAGAGAGAUGGACAAGCGCUAUCUCCAGUUUGAUAUUAAGGCUUUUGUUGAAAACAACCCUGCAAUCCGGUGGUGUCCUGUGGCUGGAUGUGAGCGAGCUGUACGAUUAAACCACCAGGGACCCGGAACGGCUACAAGGGACUCGCUAAGCUUCCCUAUGCUCCGGGCCCCUGCUGUUGAUUGUGGCAAAGGUCACCUCUUCUGCUGGGAAUGUCAGGGUGAGGCCCAUGAACCGUGUGACUGUGAGACCUGGAAGUUGUGGCUGCAGAAAGUCUCAGAAAUGAAACCUCAGGAACUGGCCGGUGUGAGCGAAGCGUACGAGGAUGCAGCUAACUGCUUAUGGUUGCUGACCAACUCCAAACCCUGUGCCAACUGCAAGUCUCCGAUACAGAAAAAUGAAGGCUGCAAUCAUAUGCAGUGUGCUAAGUGUAAAUAUGACUUUUGCUGGAUCUGCAUGGAGGAGUGGAAAAAGCACAGCUCCUCGACGGGAGGAUACUAUCGCUGCACGCGCUAUGAAGUCAUCCAGCAGGUGGAGGAGCAGUCCAAGGAGAUGACAGAAGAGGCGGAGAAGAAGCACAAGAGCUUCCAGGAGCUGGACCGUUUCAUGCAUUACUACACGCGCUUCAAGAACCACGAGCACAGCUACCAGCUCGAACAUCACUUGUUAAAAACAGCCAAAGAGAAGAUGGAACAACUCAGUCGAGCACUCAGAGGAAGAGAAGGAGGCCCACCCGACACCACAUUUAUAGAAGAUGCGGUCCAUGAGCUGCUGAAGACUCGCCGCAUACUCAAGUGCUCUUAUCCUUAUGGGUUUUUCCUGGAGCCAAAAAGCACCAAGAAGGAGAUCUAUGAACUUAUGCAGACAGACUUGGAAAUGGUGACAGAGGACCUGGCACAGAAGGUUAACCGGCCAUACCUGCGGACACCUCGCCACAAGAUCAUUCGUGCUGCUUGUCUGGUGCAGCAGAAGAGGCAGGAAUUCCUCACCUCAGUUGCCAGAGGAGUAGCUCCCAACGACUCUCCGGAGGUCACCAGGCGCAGUUUUGCUGGUGGAACGUGGGACUGGGAGUAUUUAGGCUUUGCAUCACCUGAGGAGUAUGCAGAGUUCCAGUACAGACGCAGACAUCGGCAGCGGAGACGAGGCGACAUGUCCAGCGUCCAUAGCAACACGCCUGAUCCCGACGACCUCAGUGACAGCACUUUGGAUCCUCAGGACGUUGGAGGUGGACACAGACCGGGUCCUCUAAUGGGUCUUGGUUCCUUAGAUGAGGACGACCCUAACAUUUUAUUGGCCAUCCAGCUGUCCCUCCAGGAUUCCGGGAUGGCGGUCAGCGGGUCCAACCACGACAUUCUCACCAGCGAAAUGUCCCUGGGGGCGAUUGGAAGCUCUCUGCCUUCUAGGCUUGAGCAGACCCCUCCCGAUGUCGGCGUUCCUCCCCGAGCUUCUCGGAGCAGCUCAGAACUGCUUGAGCUGGAGGAUAAGUUGGUAAGAGUCAGCAACCAGCACUCCACUGCCACGGGGGCUCCUUUUUCUGUGCAACACUAUGAAGGUCACCGCUGGGCAUCCAGGGCGUCUGUGCAAUUACCCGUGGCUCCAGGCAACAAUUCCACACCGCGCCUCUUCCCUUCUUCCACUGACACAGCUGACUCACGCAGCAUCCACGGGCCGCCCUCAUCGUCUACUUUAGCAACAAAUGCUAACCUUCUUGGUAAUAUCAUGGCUUGGUUCCACGACAUUAACCCCCAGGGUAUCACCCUGGUGCCCCCGGUGUCCUGCGACGCUGAUUACAACGUGAGCUCGCACGAGGACGUGAACGCCAGCACAGUCGCCCUUCACGAAUACAGGCGACCCGAGGAGACCCCGGCAGAUGUGGCUUUCAGCUCCCAGAGACUCUGUGGCGCAGAAGAGGAGCGCGCCGUCGCAGAGAGGCCGACUCAGUUAGAUCUGGUGGGGCUGGGCGCCAUGCCCACAGGAGCUCUCGACACAAACGCAGAGCACGCUGAGAGCUCACGCUCAAAGUCCUGCCAUGUGGACACUCCACUACGUGACUCCGUGUCCGAGCAGCUGCCGAGCAGCAGCUCCUCUGAGUGGGAGGAGCAAGUGCACUUGGUAUGAUGUGCUCGGCUGAAGCUUCAGAGAGCUUUUGUUGAAGGCCAAAAAAUAAAACCCACUAAAUGGCAAACUCAGUUUGAAGAACUUUUAUUAAGUAGCUAUUCAGGUGGAAUGUAGGUAGAAUAGAAAAUCUGUCUGUCAUACUGUGCUAGUAAGUAAGGAGAAUUCUUUAGGCCUUUUAAUUUCAUUGCAGGCACUAAGCCCGACAGUAUAAUCAGAUGUGCUUUUCCGGUAUUGUCAGCGUUUCUCGCUGCCAGACUUCUUUUUUGCGAUGAAAGCACUAACCCCAGAGAUCACAUUAUUUUCAGAGUCUCCGUAGUAGAAUCCUAUACUGAUGAGCAUUAGCAGCCUUUUCUAAAGCUACGUUUAAAGAAGAGUCGACAUUUAUCGAGUCCGGCUGUUUAUUUUUUUGCCACUGGAGUAAUGCGUUUUCUCUUAGAUUUGCGCUUCAAGACGACAAACAAAAAAAAACUGCAUAUCAGGUGCCAAACACUGACUAGCAAACGUCCACUUGCAGUCAUCAAGUGGAUUUUUUUCUAAAACUGUGCCUGCUCAUUACAAUCUCAGCUAAAUUGAAACAUUUCGAGCCAUAUUAUGAGGAAAUCCCAGCAAGUGAUGUUGUCAAAGGAAAACAUCAAAAUGUGUUUUUAUGUGAAACUUUCAGAAAAAAUUCAACCGUUAGUGGAAAAACGUAUUUUAAUGAAUAUUAUUCUGAGAAUAAAAAGGUCCUUCAUAAGUGUCACACACUGACUGACCCAGAGCGACUGCACCCAACACUGCCAUGUACUUUGAAUUCCGCUCGUCUUUAAGUAAAGCUUAAAGUGAAUGUAAAGUGUGACAGACGGGCGUAGUCUUGUUUGAUGCACUGCAGGGCAGGCCGGUCAAAAUGAUAACCAGGCAAUCACUUCCAGGCUUGAGUGAAUGAAUAAAUACAUCAGGCUGAAGUUACAGUAAUUUAUCUCUGGGUAAUAAUGAACAAAGCUGUCGUAGAUCUCUGCUGCAGCCCCAGAGAGGGGCGGGCGGGCGAGGGGGCUCUGCGUGCAGAACAUCCCAAUGUGUGCUUGUUUGCAACAAGGGAAGUUUGUCUUUAAAGCAGUAAGUUAUAAAGACAAAAAUCUAGUGCCUUUGUGUCAGUUCUUCUCUCUUUUUUGCCCUAUACAUUUCUAAUUACAGAGAAACACGCAUUUUCUUCACAUAACUUUGUAACACAAACUUUUAGUUUUUUUUGUCUCACCUUUGAAAUGUUGUAGCAUGAUGUCUUUUUUUGAUUGUAGUGACUUUAUGCCAAUGAAAAGCAUUUUUUUAAUAUAUUGUUAAAAAUUGUUUGAGGUCAAUGUCCUGUAUGCAGAAAGGGCUUUAUGCCAAGUAUGUUUUUAAAGGAAGAUCACUUUCAUUUAGUGUCUCCAAAAUGUGUUCAGCGGUUUUGAAAUGACAUUUUUCAUGCGAAAAACAAAACUUGCGUUGUCUUUGAGGGUUUUGGGAUAAACAAAAAUCUACUUGUCCUCACAGUUAGGUAAACACAACCUCAGAUAAGCAACUCGAUAUGUUUCAUGUUGCCAGUAUUUAUUUAACAAGCGUAGCUGCAAAUGCAUAGGCACUGGGGGACAAACAGAACCCCAAAAAUAAGUGCUUUCAUUAAAUUAAGGCCUCAUUUAGUUCGUCUUAUUUUGAAAAGCAGCGAUUUGGCACUUUAAAUAAAGCCAAUAAAGGUUUUUAGGCCAUUCCAAACCCCUUUGGGGUUUAUUUUGCCAAUUUAAAAAAAA